CACGUUUUGCCCAUCUGGAGCAUGGAAUCCGUCUAGAAUAGCAUAUCGAUAUAACUUGUCAGUGAACGCUUUCCCUAUGUUGUGCAUGUAUCAACGCAGACACAGCCACAUGUCGAUCAACAGUCAAAAAAAAAAAAAAAAAAAAAAAAAAAAACUUGCAUACCGAUCGUCAUCCUCGCCGAAGCUGCCGCUGUCAGGGCAAAGAAAACAAGCCCCUUCAUCACACACAGCGUUUCACGACGUAUAGCGCGCCUGCAGCAACCCCUAUUAUCAGGCUGAACAGGGUAGUUCGCAACAUUUGCAAGCAAGUCUCGGCGAGAAGCAACAUUAACAAUGCUGUUGAACUACAUUUCGGCCUGGGCAUCCCCUUGGCAUCGAUAUCUAUUGCUUGAAGGCAUCACCAAAUACUUGGCAAUGCCUUCGGUGAAUGGCGGUUAUAAGAGGGGGUCACGAUCCCAAGCUAACAGUUCCUCCAUGUGUUACCCCGCAAAAGCCUCAACUCCGCCCCCGCAGAUCUCCAACGUUGUGAAAGUAGAUGUUGGUGGGAGUCAUUAGACAAACCUCACUCACCCCUUGCGUGGAUUUCCGGGUUUCGAAUCAUAUCGCCUCUUUUGAAACAUCCCCGUUGGGUGGUGGCCUGUUGAAAAGAGCGACUCUCGGACUGUUUAUAAAGGAUCCACCAUGGUUCGGACAAGAGCAGCAGCAGUAACCGGCGCGCUACAAACAUUCCGCCUCUGUAUAUCUCGUCAGUCCGUAUCGUCCGGAAUACAUCAUCCUCGCAUCGGCCAACCACUUCGGUUCAUGUCGUCGUCCGCUAUGGCUGCAUCCGCCAAGAUGACAACGUCAAACAAACUGAAGCAGGUCUUCACCGAAGGCAAGCGGCCAGCUAUGGGCUUCUGGCAGAUGAUUCCCGGUGCCAAUGUUUCUCGUGUACUGGCCAGGUCGGGUGGAGAUUGGGUAAUGGUGGACUGUGAACACGGCAACAUCGACGAUGCUGCAAUGCAUGACGCGGUUCCGGCCAUUGCCGCCCUGGGUGUGUCCCCUAUUGUUCGACUACCGGACAUCCAACCUUGGAUGAUACUUGUACCGCUGAUCCGGACUGUUGAUGAGGUCAAGAGCGUGGUAUCAGCAGCCAAGUUCCCACCACUGGGAACGAGAGGAUUCGGUUCCCCGAUUGCGGUGCAAAACUUCCAUCCGGAACCGACGCUUACAGAGUAUCUUCAGCAAGCCAACGACAGCCUGUUGACCAUGGUGCAGAUCGAAACCAAGGAGGCUCUGGAUUCCGUGGAAGAGAUUGCGCCACUAGUUGAUGUUGUAUUCAUCGGGCCUUUUGACCUAGGCAACAAUAUCGGCCACCCAAUCAUCAACGGCAAGACGGAUGCUGAGUUGGACGAUGCUAUUGCCCGUAUCUAUAAGGCGACGGUGGCAGCUGGCAAGAAGUGUGGUAUAUUCUGCACCGGUGGAGAGCAGGCAAAGAAGUACGCUGAUAUGGGAUUCCAUAUGAUCAACGUGGCCACGGAUUUUACGGCUCUUCAGGCUACAAUGGUGGACGCACUCGCCGUUGCCCAGGGAAAGGUUCCAGGUGAAAAGGCCGCUUCGUAUUGA